AUGGUCGACAUAUUUGAAUCCUUGAAUUCAAUCAACACGAGGCUUCUAGGACAAGAUAUCGCAGUGCUUCAUUGUCAUGAAACAUUGGCAGCUUUCAAAAUGAAGCUCAAACGAUGGCAUGCAAAGUUAGAAAAGGGGAACUCGGCCCCAUUUACCACAGCCAAAUGCACACAUUGAUGGAAAUGAACUUUACG